AUGCACUCCACUUCCAGUAUGCUGGGAGCGGUGAAAAUGGAAGGCCAUGAGCACACGGACUGGAGCAACUACUACGGGGAGCCCGAGAGCUAUUCCUCCGUGAGCAACAUGAACGCGGGGCUGGGCAUGAACAGCAUGAACACGUACAUGACCAUGUCGGCCAUGAGCACCACAGCCAACAUGACGGCUGCCACGUCCAUGAACAUGUCCUACGCCAACACGGGCAUGAGCCCCUCGCUCACUGGCAUGUCCCCGGGCGCGGGGGCCAUGCCCAGCAUGGGCUCAGCUGGUGUGGCGGGGAUGGGCGCCCACCUGAGCCCCAGCAUGAGCCCCAUGGGGGGCCAAGCGGGCUCCAUGAACGCCCUGGCCCCCUACACCAACAUGAACUCCAUGAGCCCCAUCUACGGGCAAUCCAACCUCAACCGCUCGCGGGACCCCAAGACCUACCGGCGGAGCUACACGCACGCCAAGCCGCCCUACUCCUACAUCUCCCUCAUCACCAUGGCCAUCCAGCAGUCACCCAACAAGAUGCUGACGCUGAGCGAGAUCUACCAGUGGAUCAUGGACCUCUUCCCCUUCUACCGCCAGAACCAGCAGCGGUGGCAGAACAGCAUCCGCCACUCGCUCUCCUUCAACGACUGCUUCCUCAAGGUGCCCCGCUCCCCGGACAAGCCAGGCAAAGGCUCCUUCUGGACGCUGCACCCUGAUUCGGGCAACAUGUUUGAGAACGGCUGCUACCUGCGCCGCCAGAAGCGCUUCAAGUGCGAGAAGCAGCUGGCCGCCAAGGACAGUGGUGGGGCGGGCGGUGGGGCGGGUGGCGGGGGCAAGAAGGGGCCCGGGCAGCCCCCCAGCCAGCCCCUGGGGGAAGGGAGCUCCUCGGGGGGCUCCGAGGGCUCAGCCGGCGCCGAGUCCCCGGCCAGCGCCUCGCCAUGCCAGGACCACAAGCGCGCCCUGGCUGACCUGAAGGGCACACCAGGGCUGAGCCCCGGGGAGCCGGCGGCCUCGCCGGCCCAGCACCUCCUGGCCCCCCCCCACGCCGGCCUGCCCCACGAUGCCCACCUCAAGCCCGAGCACCACUACGCCUUCAACCACCCCUUCUCCAUCAACAACCUGAUGUCCUCCUCCGAGCAGCAGCACCACCACCCUCACCACCACCACCACCACCACAAAAUGGACCUGAAGGCCUACGAGCAGGUGAUGCACUACUCGGGCUACGCCUCGCCCAUGCCCGGCAGCCUGGCCAUGGGGCCCGUAACGAACAAAAACGGCUUAGAGUCCUCCCCUUUAGCCGGAGAGACUUCUUACUACCAAGGUGUGUAUUCUCGGCCCAUCAUGAACUCCUCCUAAAAGGGGCAAGGGAAAAACCUCCCCUGGCGAGGGGGCAACGCCCCCCCGCACCCCCCCCGCAGCCCCCUAGCAGCGCGAUGGACUAUGAACGCUGUCGAGCACGGUACAUCUAUAUAUAUCUAUCUAUUUUUUUUUUUCCGUUGGCUCCAGAUGUUUGCAUCGGUUCGGGAAACAGCAGCCGUGUGUCUUGCAAGCAUCUCGGCCCGCGCCGAGGGCAGGCGUGUUGGUCAUCCCCCCCGCCCCCGGCCCAAAGCCACCCGUGCCCGGGGGGGGGGUGCGAUUCCCUUGGUUUGCCUUGUGGGGUGGUUUGAUUUGGU